AUGUCGUCACCGAUUUUGUUCUGCAUGGGCAACCCCCUGCUCGAUAUGCAGGUCACCAACGGCGAGAAGUUGCUGGAGAAGUACGAGCUCAAGGCGAACGAUGCUAUUCUCGCUGAGGAUAAGCACGCCCCGAUCUACGAUGAGGUCGUGAAGGACUACCAGGUUGCAUACCUCGCCGGUGGAGCUGCACAGAACGCCGCUCGCGGUGCAGCAUAUGUUCUCCCUGAGGGAUCCGUUGUGUACACCGGAUGCGUCGGUGAUGAUGAGCUCGCCGAGCAGCUGAAGGCUGCCAACAAGCGCGAGGGCCUCCAAGAGGCUUACCUCGUCAAGAAGGGCGAGAAGACUGGUGCUUGCGCCGUUGUCAUCACUGGCCAUAACCGCUCGCUCGUCACCACCCUCCGUGCCGCAGAGAAGUUCGAGAAGUCGUGGCUCGAGACACGCGAGGUUGCAAAGCUCAUCGACGGUGCUAAGGCAUACUACGUAGAAGGCUUCUUCCUCACGCACGGCACCGAGAGCACGCUUGAUCUCGCUUCCAAGGCGUCUGCCGCUUCCAAGACCUUCAUCUUGAACCUGUCCGCGCCUUUCAUCCCGCAAUUCUUCAAGGUCCAGCUCGAGAAGGUCCUCCCCUACACUGACAUCAUUAUCUGCAACGAGUCCGAGGCCGCAGCAUACGCCGGCGCCGUCGGUCUUGCCAGCGUCGACGAUAUCCCGGCCAUCGCUCGUGCGCUCGCCACAUCGCCCAAGAACAACUCCUCGCGCCCGCGUAUCGCUGUCAUCACUCAGGGUCCCCAGAGUACCGUUGUCGUCUCUGGCGAUGCACCCGACGCGCCGAAGGUGUUCCCGGUGCAUGCGCUUGCUGACUCGGAGAUCGUCGACACAAACGGCGCGGGCGAUGCCUUUGCUGGCGGCUUCGUCGGCGCGUUUGUCUCGGGCAAGAGCCUCGAGGAGUGCGUUGAGGCUGGCCACAAGAUGGGCUCGAUGUCUGUGCAGCUCGUCGGCCCGCAGUACAAGUGGCCGAAGGUCCAGAUCCUCUGA